AUUAAUACUCCCGCAGCUCCCACAGCUCCUGCUCCUCAGUAGCAGCGCAGUUCACGUGGAGAACACAACUAUGAGAGAGUAGCUAGCAUGCACUGACAUUUAAUGUAACUAAAUGGCGCCUGUCAAAAGGAAAUUAUAUCAGCGGUUGCUGUUCUUUGUGGUUUUCCUUCCAAUCUCAGGUGUUUUAUGCUUUAGCGAGUUAUUUUUCAUCAAAGAGCCCCAUGAUGUCACUGUCAUACGGAGAGAAGCUGUUGUUUUGGACUGUCAGGCGCACGGAGAGUCGCCUAUCAACGUCAGAUGGCUCAAGAACGGAGUAAAAGUGUUGGAGAACGAACGGGUGUACCUGCUCUCCAAUGGCUCCCUUUAUAUUUCCGAGGUGGAGAGCAGAAGAGGAGACAAAUCAGAUGAAGGGCUCUAUCAGUGCCUUGCUCAGAACAAAUACGGCGCAAUCCUGAGCCAGAAAGCCCGUCUUACAAUCGCAAGUAUGUCAGCUUUUGCAAUCCAGCCAACGUCCAUAGUGGUGACUGAAGGCUCAGUUGCCAGGUUUUCCUGCAAAAUCAGUGCACACCCUCCUUCCAUCAUCACUUGGGAGUUCAAUCGGGUCACAUUACCCCUUGCCACUGAAAGAAUCACAGUCCUGCCCAGUGGUGUUCUUCAGAUCCACGGGGUGCAGCGGGCAGAUGCUGGAAAUUACCGCUGCAUCGUCACCAACAUUGCCAGCCGCCGCCGAAGCACGGAGGCCACCCUCACUGUCACCCCAGCUCCUAUGCCCCAUCCUCCCCAGAGGCCUCGCAUCAUUGCCGGGCCACAGAACAUUUCAGUGUCGCUGCACCAGAGUGCCAUCCUGGAGUGCAUAGCCACAGGCAAUCCCCGACCCAUCAUCUCCUGGAGCAGAGCGGACAGCAAGUCUAUUGAUGUUUACAACACAAAAGUUUUAGGAAACGGCAACCUCAUAAUCACAGAUAUCAAACUUCAGCAUGGAGGACUCUAUAUGUGCAGAGCUACCACUCCUGGCACACGAAACUAUACAGUCGCUUCAGCCAAUAUCACUGUGUUAGCACCACCUUCCUUGGUUGAGUGGCCAGAGAGCCUGACCCGUCCACGUGCUGGCACCGCCCGCUUUGUCUGUCAAGCUGAAGGAGUUCCAACGCCUGAAAUCACUUGGUUUAAGAAUGGAGAGAAAGUUCAAUCCAAUGGUCGAAUUAAGAUGUACAACAGCAAACUGGUCAUCAACCAGAUCAUCCCUGAGGACGAUGCCAUCUAUCAGUGCCAAGCAGAGAACGAGCAGGGGUCGGUCCUCUACAUGGCGAGGCUCAUUGUGGUGAUGUCUGAGGAUCGGCCAAGCGCUCCCAGGAAUCUCCGAGCUGACACCGUGUCAAGCUCCGCCAUCCUUUUGGCUUGGGAGAGGCCUCAGUAUAACUCAGAUAAAGUUAUUGCUUACUCAGUGCACUACAUGAAGGCUGAAGGAUUAAACAAUGAGGAAUAUCAAGUUGUCAUUGGAAAUGAUACAACUCGCUACAUUAUUGAUGACCUGGAGCCGGCUCGCAACUACACCUUCUACGUGGUGGCCUACAUGCCCAUGGGAGCCAGUCGUAUGUCUGACAAUGUGUUCCAGCACACGCUUGAGGAUGUUCCUCUCCGCGCCCCAGAACUCAGCCUCACCAGCCGCAGUCCUGUGGACAUCCAGGUGUGUUGGCAGCCCCUUACAGGCAAGCUGAGUCGUGGCAGAGUCUCCGCCUACCGUUUGUCCUAUCGCACUAGUGCUGAGAAUACAGUCUCACAGAUAGAGCUACCUGCAGACAAGACCCAGUAUCUCUUGGAAAACCUGCAGCCUGACACCAUCUACCUCCUGCGUAUUGUUGCCGCCACCAGCGUUGGGUGGGGUGAGCAGUCUGCCUGGACGUCCCACCGCACUCCGAAGGCAUCCAGUGCUCGAGUUCCGAUGGCUCCCGAGCUGCACUUGGAGCCUUUAAACUGCACCACUAUCUUGGCACGCUGGCAGUUGGCACCUAGGAACUCAGUCAGUGUUCAAGGCUACAGACUCUUUUACCAUGAGGAGAGCCAGUCAGAGAGGGCCCCGCUCCAGCUGCGUGCCUUGGAUAAUGCAUACACCAUCGGAGGCCUUGACCCAAGGAAGAAGUACCACGUUAAGCUACUGGCUUAUAACUAUGUCGGAGAAGGCUACCAGGCAGACCAAACUAUCAGCACCCCUGGAUGUGUCUCUGUUAGAGAUCGCCUGGUGCCCCCUCCACCUCCUCCACACAAUGUGUACACAAAGACCAACAGUUCGACCGCUGUGUUUCUGCACUGGGGUCGACCAGCCUUCACUUCCAGCCAUGCGGUCAACUACACAGUCCGCUGCAACCCAGUAGGCCUGCAGAACGCCUCCUUGGUGCUCUACCUGCAGACGAGUAAGCAGAGCCUCCUGGUGCGAGAUCUGGAGCCCAACACCAAGUAUGAAUUUGCCGUUCGCCUUCACAUUGACCAGCUGUCCAGCCCCUGGAGCCCUGUUGUUUAUCAGAGCACUUUACCUGACGCUCCCACUCAGCCCCCUUUCAAUGUGAAAGUGACUUUACUUGAAGAAGACACAGCAUUGGUUUCAUGGAAACCCCCAGAUGAACCCAAUGUAGCUGUGACACAUUACACCAUCCUGUACGCCUCCAGAAAUGCCUGGAUAGCUGGGGAAUGGCAAGUGCUGCAAAAAGAAGGAACCAUCACCAUGGCACUGCUGGAGAACCUGAAGCCUGGCCAGAUUUACUUUGUGAAAGUUUCUGCAUCCAACAAUGUGGGUGAUGGGCCGUUUUCUCAUACGGUGGAACUGACGGUCCGAGCAGAUCUCUCCUUUGGUCAUGAUCCCCGGCUCUCUCGUGGCUCCACACAGUCCACAGCAUUUUCUGAUGGCUUCUACCACCUGGACCAAAAGUCAAUGACAGGGAUUACUGUGGGAGUCUGCAUUGCUCUCAUCUGCAUCAUCAUCUGCGCUUUCAUCAUCAUCUGCAGAGGCAAAAACAGGAAAUUUUCAGCUGUUAAAACGCUCAGAGAAGGAGUGAACACAUCUGCAGGUCAUCUGGGCUCUCACGGACAAGCCGUGAACGCUGAUGGGAGCGUUCCAAUGAUGAGUGAAAACCGUUUCAUUGAUGCCAAGGGUGGAACAAAUCUCAUUAUCAAUUCUCUCGGCCCUGUUCAGCCCAGCACUGAGAAGAAAGAGAAAUGGUUUUCUUUCCGCAGUAAUGUGAAAAAGGACAGUAAAGCAGUGCAGAAUAUGAGACAAGGCACCGCCUCCUAUCAGCCCGGUACCACAGUGUUGGCUUACGAAGAGGAGCGGUCGAUGUCUCCAAACCAGCCCACCACUCUGCAGCCCCUGCUCUGGCGUCCCGGUGACUCGGAAGGCUCAUCCAACAGCGAGGGCAGCCAUGCCACCGGUGAUUCGGGUCGUUACUCUCACGACGAGACAGAGAUGACCAACCUGUCUUCUGGUACCAGCAGCCGCCCUCCUUCUCUGACAGCAGAGGACAGCGGAGGCUCGGAAUGCAGCGGUCUCCCUGAACAGUCAGUCCACCUGAUGGAGGAAAGUCAGAUUGACCUGAAGUUAAUGGAGUCCGUCGAGAACGGCUGCUGUCAUCAUGAUGCGCAGAGCAGUUCCAAGUCUGCACUUUCUCUCCAAGUGUGUGUGUCCGAGUGUGUGUGAAACUCUGUGUGUGUGUGUGUGUGUG